GAGCCUACAGCAGUAACCUGCAAAUCAAGCCCAGAGACCAUUUUUUCACCUAGUCUGGAGAUUGGUGCGCACAGUGAGUCUAAUGUACCCAGUGAUGGAGCAAGCAAUGAUUUUUAUGUACCCCGAUUGGAGACCGAAGAUAGUGAUAGCAGCAGAAGUUCGUGUGAACAUCAGACGUGCAAUGUUUCAGAUUUUUACAUCUCUGAUAUGAUUGUUUCUUGUUUGGCCAUCGAGGGUGAAACCAUCUAUGAUGACAGUUUGACUGGCAGAUUAUUGUCUGAUUACAAGUGUGAAGAGCCAAAUAUCUUUACUAAUGUGGAUGAGGAAUACUUGCUGUUGCCUUUUCUUGAAGACACUGCUGCAGCUAGCUAUAGUCAAGAUUGCAGAACAUCUGGAGAAACUGCCAUUCAGUCAGAUGAUUCGAGCUUAUACAUGGCAAUUCACCAGCUCAGAUCAUCUGAACAGUCUGAUGCUUUCACAUAUUUAGAAUCUGAUCAAGCAGAAUGCUUUGACCCACAUAUUUUCAUAAGAAAUUUGCCAGACAUAUUAGAAAGGCCAAAUAUUUUGCCAAAAGAAUCACAAAGAAGCAAAUCGAUCACCCUAGUACUUGACCUAGAUGAGACACUUGUUCAUUCUACACUGGAGCAUUGUGAUGAUGCAGACUUCACAUUUCCUGUUUUCUUCAACAUGAAAGAACACAUUGUCUAUGUGAGGCAGAGGCCUCACCUCAAGACAUUCUUGGAGAGAGUCGCGGAGAUGUUCGAAAUCGUAAUUUUUACCGCUAGUCAGAGCAUAUAUGCAAAGCAGCUGCUAGAUAUACUGGAUCCAGAUGGAAAGCUUAUUUCAAGGCGCGCGUAUCGUGAAUCAUGCAUCUUCUCUGAUGGAAGUUAUACGAAGGAUUUAACAGUAUUAGGUGUUGAUCUGGCAAAAGUUGUAAUUAUAGAUAAUUCCCCACAGGUUUUCAGAUUGCAAGUGAAUAAUGGGAUUCCUAUUAAGAGUUGGUUUGAUGACCCUUCAGACUCUGCACUAAUUUCUUUACUUCCAUUCCUAGAGGCACUGGCUGAUGCUGAUGAUGUCCGACCUAUCAUUGCUAAGAAAUUUGGUAACAAGGAAUAAGAGGCCCUUGUUUCUUCCUAGUAGUUCCUCUAACAAUCCCUCCUCUCUCUUCUCAUUUAAAAAAGAUUAUCCUUCAUUUACCUGCUCAUUGUUCUAUCCUCAUUGAGCCUUGAUAUAAUUGGGUGUGGAAUAAGAAUACUAGUCCUCUUCUAGUUGAGUCAGCUUUUUGCUCAUUCCUUUCUUGUUUCUACCCUUUUGACAACCUUCUUCAGUCCAUUGCUUAUCUAAUUUCUCGCAUAUAGUUGCAAGAGGUUCUCAUUGUGUGCAAUGUACAGUUAUAUGCCUAGUUAUUUACAAGCUUGUGUAUAUGAAUUGAUCUUUUGUGAAAUAAAUUUUGUGAUUGUGUUUUGUUGUCCUAGUAUAAAAGCUGUCUGUUUGAUUAAAUUACCUGUUUAUUAUAUAGCUUUGGCAGAGUCUCGUGUACUUGUCAAUUUUGCGAAAAAUAAGCUUCCCAUCAAAUGCUAAUUGGCAAAACAUCAGCGUUGCAGGUAGAAAUAGGUUUAGAAGUUAAUUGGAUUAUGAUUAGAUGAUGCUUUAAAGACUACUAGCUUUUAGAAGUCAAAAAUAGAAUAGCAUGGACAUCCAAGCACUUGCGUGUUUCUUCAUGUAGGCUUGUACUGGUUGUUCCACUCUCGUUUUAUUUCAGAACAUUACUAGUUAUAUGUUUUAUCCUUAGUCGAAAAUCCAUUAAACUCCUCUCAAAGCCUAAGUAGAACUAGGUCUGGAGGUUACUACUUAAUCAUCUUGCCUAUGGAUGAAAGAUUCCACUUGUAAGAUUGACUGCCUAUUAUGCAUCAGGAAAAGAGAACAGUUGUCUCAAGUUAUAGUCAUUAAGUAAGAAAUUGAUCAGUUAAAUGUUAAAAGUUCUGGCUAACAUUUCACCCAGAGAAUUGAUUGCUUUGGAGUUGAAAAUAAUAAUGGUAUAGUUCCACUAGUUAUUUACUGCAGCGAGACCAAUUUUAGCAUUUCAUGCUACUAAAGGCUAAUAGAGCUGUAUCGCUAGAAUUCUUCUAAUAUUGGUAAAUCGCCUUUCUUGUCGCUGAUACCUGCUUAACAGCUUCAGAGUGACGGCUAACUGUAAAAUGUACCAAAGUAGAGACCGGAUAUAUGUGCUAGGGUCAUGUAGUUUCCAUUUCCUAACAGGUUAAAUUUUUUAACUUCUACUUUAACUCUUCCUCUGUAAUGUCUUCUUGCAUGGUGUAAUAACUGCCGGUCUUUGACUGGAAAAUCCCCCUGCUUCUAAAGGGAUCCCAAACAAAACAAAAAGGAAAACAGAAAAGAAAGUUCAAGUGGACACCUUGUCAAAAAAUAAAACUGUAGAGGAUAAAAGUAAACACAACUCCAAGCAACAUAAUCUUCUUUUUGGUACAAAAUAGAUAGGAAAUUGAAAUCUGAAAACAUUUUAAUAAGUUAGCUUUAUCAUCAAUUUUAUGAACACUCCCAUUUUCCUUGCUUGGUAAAUAGUUUCUUGUGAUUUGAACAUGACGCUGAUGCUUAACGUUUUGGUCUGGAUUUCAUGAGAGUGAAUCUGGAUGAGUUAUGCUUCUGCAUUUAUUUUGCUUAAGAACUCAUAAGAUUUCAAGGGUAAUGCUUUUCAAGGAUCUUCUGUGCUAUAAAUAAGUUCAUACAACUGUUUUCAUACUUGAUAUGAUGAAUACCUGGAAUAUGCUAGGGAGGUUUUUCUUUGGGUGGAUUUUUUUUGGCGAGAUGCUGUCAGCCCCUUCCACUUUAAUUUGUUCGGAUAGUUAGAUUGGCAUUACUGCAAUAGCUUAUAAGUUAUACAAUUACCUUACCUUGUAAAAAAGAAUAGCUUAUAAGUUGUAAUUGUGUUAAUCUGCUAAUAUAGUUGACCAAUCAUUGCUACUUGACGUAGACUAUCAUUCUUUUGGAUUAUCCCAAGAAUGAAUGCUCAUCAAGAUGGUUGAGCUAAAGCACUAGAUCACUAAUGUUCAUCUUUGGCUUAAAGUUAAUUUCUCUGAAGAUCUAGGUCAUUUCACUUAAAAUGAGGGUGUUGCUUUCUGCCUGCUCGGUUGCUCAAUCUGUUUAUAGUUGUUUUGGGUGGAUGAGAUAUCAUGCAAAAGGAUCAGCCAGUUUGACUAGGAGGUACUCGUAGUUUAUGUUUGACCAGAUAGCUUGAUUAAUCUAUAGGCCUUCCCUGGGAUAUGAGUCAUAUGACAAGCUUGUGGCAUCAUGUAAUGACUGAACUGUUUAGGAGUGGAAUAUGACUUAGCCCUGUGAAAACAUGUUGGCUGACGUAUUGCAUAAUGUGCAUCAUUGUUGUUCAGAGUGUAGUAUUGUGAAUUUGCUGGUUAGGUAUAUAACUGCAAGUAUGUUCCUUUGUGUUUCCUGUCUCCCAUCCUUUCAAUAUUCCAACACAUUUGAUUCAUAACAUUAAAUCAAAAUGAUUUCAUAACCAUAUAGGAAAACCUCUUUCAAUAUCAGUCUUAUCUCCCAGUAUAGUAGUUAGUCGGCCAUAGGAUGUUCUUUAUUUGCAACACAUAGGCUAUUACAAAUGCAUCAUAAAAAACCUUUUGAAGUAAUUCCAGAAUGGAACCACGGUAGAAGAAAUCGUUACCUUUCUCCAAAAAAAAAAUGGUACAACAACAACAACAACCCAGUAUAAUCCCACUAGUGGGGUCUGGGAAGGGUAGUGUGUACGCAGACCUUACCCCUACCCUGGGGGUAAAGAGACUGUUUCCGAUAGACUCUCGGUUGUGACAGUAUUAAGCCUUUUAAGCAUGGUUGUGACGGGAUGCAGGAUCUAUUGAAUAUUGUUAGUAGAUUAGCUAUGGCCUAAAUCUUUGACAAUCUCUCAUGGUCAGUGAUACAUCGAACUUUGCACAUGAGUGGAAUGUCUUAUAUUAUUACUGGUUUAGUGACAUUAAGGAAUUUUCUUUAUAUUUGAGACUUCUCCUGACUCAUUCUUGAAGAACCUAAUUUCCGGUUGAGGAUGAUAUCAAUUAUGCCUCUUAGACUAGUCGUUGUCGAUUAUAUAAGUCAUCCACCAUUCCACUCUGUUUAGGCCUACUUCAAGAGCCGAAUGCAGUAUUCAGGGGAUUCCUUGUAGGCCAUCAAUCUACUCAGUACUUAUCCUUUAUUCAGGUUGGGACUGGCUAUCUUUGCAAAAGCCACAUAGACGGGUUGAAGAUGAUAGUAUAGGGGUUUCCCCGGCCCCUGGGUUUAGUCCACGUGUUAUUUCCUUGGAAAAUGAUGCUUAAUGUUGACAUGAGGGUCUAUAUGCGCGGUUGAAUUGUUUAGACAAGUUUAUCUGCAAGAAUGGGUGCUUUCUAAGUGGUGACAAGGAAGUUUUGGCAGAGCUGCAAAGGCUCUAAAUUGGUAUGUCUGGUGAUGCAGUGGUUGGAAUUAGACUUUCAAUCUCGGUCGAACCCUCUGUGCAGAUACUGAGAAGUUUGCAUGAUUUGGGUAUCUCAUGGUCCAGCUUACCGUGAUAUUGCUUGUCAUUGAUAUCUGUGCUUGUAAAAUUUUCAUUACCCUUUCCAAUUUGAAUCUGUUAUCUGCAGGUCAAAUGGAGAUAACUAAUGUUUUGGCCACCAAGUGGACUAAUUUUAGGUAUGCAGUAUCGAUUUGUUUAAUGUUUUCUCAGGGUUAUUAUGAGAAUAAACUAACAAUUUUUUUUGUUGAGAAAUACUAACUACUGCAGACAAUAUCAGGUUUUCUUUUUCAAAAUAAUCAGGUUUUUUCUCUUAUUUUCUUUUUUCCUUCUUCGGCCAGUGUCAGGAUGAACUCAAAACCGUGUAAGAUAUUUUCCUAGGGCAGGGUGUAUAAUUAGAAAUGUUUUAUCUUAUACCUUCUUGUAUAAUA